UAAUCAAAGAAAUAUUAUGAGAUUCUGGUGCGCGUACGUGCCACUGCACAGACGCUGUAGCUUUUUCAUUAGUGUAAGAUCUCUCUGCAAGGCAGCAACUCAGAACAGUCUUGAGGCGUCCGUCGAAUCCGCGAUGCGCCUCGCCUACAAGGUACAGCUCAGCAUGGAGCGUGUGGUCGCCACAGGUGACGCGAUCGCAGCCGUCCGUUGCUGAGAACCCUAGCGGAUUCCGCUAUAAAUACCACGCCCGAGGCGUGUGGCAGCCACGCUCCGAUCCCCAUCCAUUCAUCGACAUUCGAGUACACACACCUGCUUGGCCUCCUCCAGUCCUCGAUCGAUCGAUCGAUCGGCUUGCUUGCUUCCUUGGCGAUACAUUUCCAUGGACCUUCACCUCAGCUCCCACGUCCACGCGGCGGCGGCGGCGCAGGCGACAGCCUCGGCCUUCCCGAAUGGUAAGAAAGCGGAGAGUACUGACGUGCUGCCACCGAGGGCUGUCGUCACCAUCGACGUCGAGGCGGGCGCGCCGACGAACGCGGCCGGGGACGAUCCGCGCGACGCCGACGGGGACGCCGGCGGCGUCGACUACAUGGCCCGCGCGCAGUGGCUCCGGGCGGCCGUCCUGGGCGCGAACGACGGCCUCGUGUCCGUGGCGUCCCUCAUGAUCGGCGUCGGCGCCGUGAGCGCCACGCCCAAGGCCAUGCUGGUGUCCGGCACGGCGGGGCUCGUGGCGGGCGCCUGCAGCAUGGCCAUCGGCGAGUUCGUCUCCGUGUACGCGCAGUACGACAUGGAGGUCUCGCAGAUCAAGCGCGGCGAUGGCGGCGAGGAGGAGGAGGAAGGCGCCGCUAGGGACGGCCUGCCGAGCCCGACGCAGGCCGCGCUCGCGUCGGCGCUGGCGUUCGCGUUCGGCGCGCUCCUGCCGCUGCUGGCGGGGGUGUUCGUGCCGUCGUGGGCCGCCAGGGUGGCCGCGGUGUGCGCCGCGACUAGCGUCGGCCUGGCCGCGUUCGGCGUGGCCGGCGCGUACCUGGGCGGCGCCAGCAUGUUGAGGUCCGGCCUGAGGGUGCUCCUCGGCGGCUGGUUCGCCAUGCUCCUCACGUUCGCCGUGCUCCGGCUGUUCGGGACGGUCUUCCACAUACAAGUCUCGUCGUCGGUGUGAAUGUGACAGCUCUCGUGCUAAUGGUGGCAAAUGGAAUAAUGGCCCAGGGGCCUCUAUAGCUUGCUCUUGUUGACAUCGGAAUGCGCGCGAAAACCUGCAUGCCUUGAUGAGUAGCAAACUAGCGGUCGCCUGGAUAGCGAAAUGAGUUGGAAAAGGGGUGUGUGGGCGUGUGGUGUGGCUAGUGGAUGUACUACUUGAUUGUAAUGUACUAUGUCGUGCUAAUGUAUCCGGCGACAAGAUCGAAAACAGAUUGUAUUACAAUGGUGCUCGUCUAUAUAGGGUAUAAUAAUGUCGUUGCCGA